CACAGUUGGCAUCGUACCACAUAGUUUGCCUUGUAAACGUACGAAAUGAAAUGUGUAAGAAGCUGAUUAACCUGGGGGUGUAAGAUUUACCGUAAAUAACUUGAGUAAACAGACACUUUCACAAGCAUCAUGACACCUGCAUCGGGGGCUUAUCAGCUGUAGCGUCGUUUUCCACCCAUAGGGGGCAGUCUUCCGCAGACACGAUCGCCAGGGGUUCUGGGUUGUAUUUCUGUAAGAGCACUUGUGCAGGACCUUUCAACACGAUCUUUCUGACACGAUGCCCAGAAUGGAGUGACGGGAACCUUUUACACACCCUAUUUUCACACAUGGCAAGAGGUCUGGGGGGCAGCAGGUGGUGCGGGGCUGGCUUCAGGGCAGUAACCUGCUGGUGUUCUGAUCGGCCUCGGCUCUGAACGCCCCUCCUGCUGUGUUGUUCUUAAUCAAGGGUCUCCCUCCCGGCAGCAUCAUCAUCCCGCAUCCCUUCAGCUCUGCCUCUGCUGCUCUGCUGUCAGCAUCAGCACCGACGACGACCAGCGCGCCGCACGGUCAGCACCACCCGCAGCCGCAGGUGAGCCCGCACCUUCUCGCUUUCGCCGUUCCGUUUUCGCCGCAUUACGGCGCGAUUUCCGCCUCUUCGCUCAUCUCUCGUUUCUCGUUAAAUGCGCGCGGAUCGUCCACAAUGUCCGCGCGAGCGCCGAAAGCGCGGCGGUAAAUCGGGAUCAAGGUCAUCCUGGGGGGGUUUUAUCGCCUUGCUGUGAGGUCUGGGUGACGGGGGACAAAAAAAAAAAAAUCCGCGCAUUACGAGGCGUUUGACGCGAUUACGUUUCGCGGAUAAUUUCGGUGAAGUUUUCAAUGCGGGUUCGCACGCGCGCGCUCCGAGGGUUAGAGGUGUGCGAUCGCCGGGCGCGCGCUCCCUCCCGCCCGUUAACUCGGCAUUCGCUGCGCUUCGUGAUGCGAUCCUGCGGACCGUGCGGCCAUGGUCGUCGCUGAAGGGGGUCCGAGGGCUUGUAGCACACGGCUCGUGACAGCGGGAGACCUGGGCUGGGGGGUAACGGAGGUGUAACGGGGGGACGUGAUGGACGCGGUCACGGUAAACUGCUACAGCCGAGCCGAGCGUCUGUAUUGCAGCCAGAGCGCUCUUAGUUCCAUACACUGCACGGAUAAAAGCGAUCCAAUAUACUGGGAACGUUAAAAAAAAGGAAAAAGACAUCUUGUGUAUUGAUACAUAAAAUAAACGCAAAAAAGUGACCGCUGCUGAAAGAGAGAGGGGACGGAGCUGUACCUAUGAUCCUGAUGUGUCUUCAGGAGUGAGAUGGUGAGACACGCAGCGCUGCUCCUCGGCAGACAAGGUUAAUGAACUGUCGGGAAGAGCAGGACGGACCUUCAGCACCAUGUGCCUCCUGCUUCCUUUCGCACUGCAACACCGAUUUCAAAUAUAGCAGGAAAGAAAUUGGGUUCAGUCCCUCAGAACUGUGUCAGCUCUUACGUUGGAGUGUGGUCGACUUUGCGUUUGCCCACUGCCGCUGUGUGAUCUGCUUUUUUAGGCUUUGGUCCAUGGAGGAAUGAAGGACGGGAGUUUGUUUCCACGGAAUGACUAGAUCAGGGGUCUUUCGAUGGAGUCCUUGAAUGCUGUUGAGCUCCGUGAUUUGGGGAAGCAGAAGAAGCGUGCGCGCACACGACAGGUGUCGAGCCCCCCGGACGGGGUCCAGGCGGCGCCCGGGACGGCAGCUCGCCUCGGUAUUGAAAAUGCCUCCUACCAGGACGAGGAGCAGGAGACGGGCUUUACCGGAAGCUCGGCCCGCCCGGGGGAGACGACGCCAAAUAACCAGGACUAUUCAUCGCACCCGCAGCACCUGCAGAGGGACAUUCCCUCACCCAGGUCCGACGAGGAGCCGGAGGCGGAUGCCGCUCACCAGUCGGUCGACUACGGAUUCAUUUUUGCCCUGGUGUUCUUGGUGAGCGGCAUCGUCCUUGUGGUGAUCGCCUACACCAUCCCCCGUGAGGCCAAGGUCAACCCGGACAUGGUGACAGCCAGACAGAUGGAAAAGCUGGAGAUGUACUACGCGCAGCUGGGCUCGCACCUCGACAAGUGCAUCAUCGCGGGACUGGGCCUGCUGACUCUGGGGGGGAUGCUGCUGUCCGUGCUGCUGAUGGUCUCGAUCUGCAAAGGCGAGCUCUACCGCAGGAGGACUUUCGCAGUGUACAGAGGACCCAGGAAGACGUACGGAUCUAUAAACCUGCGCAUGAGACAGCUGGAUGGCGAAGGGAGGGACUCUCUGGUGGAGUGCGACCCCAGCGCAAGCGGUGGCUCCGCUGUCCCUGUCGUGAUCGCCGAGGAGACAGGAUAAGCCGAACGCUGCUUCGGCACAGCGGCAACAGCACAACUCCUCCGGCAGCACAGCUCAAAGCUGGGUGUUGAAGGGCUCGAAAGAAGAAUAAAGUGAAGGAAACCACGGCUCUGACAUGAAACGGACUUUCGAAAGGGACUCUCUAGUAUAGGUUAACUCACUCCUGCCUCAGCCCGGUACUCCCAAAGACACACGCACCCACACACACGACAGCUUUCACCGUACAAAUUCCGGAGGACUUUGUACGAAGCACAACGAGCACUCUGGCUGAAGUUAUGGUAUGAUUGAAAAUGCUGCAAAUAGAUUGCUACUUGCUGCUUUCUCAAGAAGUGAGAGUACGUCAGUAUACAGCAUUGUAUCUCACAUUAUGUAUAUGGGCAAAUGUUCAAUAGUCCAUGUUUCGUUAUUAUGUAAAGUUACGAUAUGCCUUAAAGGAAAAAAAAUAACAAAUCCACUGCGUAAAAUGUCUGAAGCAAGGAAUAUAUUUCCCACAUUAAAGUCUGACGACGCUGGGCUCUGGCAUUUGCUUUUGUAACGCCAAGAAAUAACCUAUAUUUAAAUGUAGCAUCACCCUGGAAUCUCUUCAGAACCAGCAGGUUUUUUUGUUACGCCGUCAUGACAUGUUUAGCAAGACGACGUCAAGUCUCUAGCGGGCCGCUCGAAUAUUACGGCAGGGUGACCUUCGUUCACAUUCUUUCUCUCCAGUGCCCUAAAAGCGAGGGAAGAUUCGGUUUCACCACAACAGCGUCUCUGGAUCUAGUGCAGAAAUUAGGGCUGGAGACGGCGCGGCCUCCGAAACCACGGUGCGUUUAGGAAAUAUGAAAAAGACACCAUCACAGAGUCAAGAACAAGGACUAAUGCUUCCACCGUACUUACAUAACAUGAACCUUCUCCUUACAGCCUAUGCAUCACAAUAAAGGGAACCUUUUAAGCAUCUUUGGAACUUUUUAGUGGUUAGGAAUACUGAAAGCCUCUGAUAAAGAUGUUGCUGGGCUUCGUUACACAUUGAAAAAAGCAACAGUCUAAGCGAUACAGUGUACACAUAAAUAUAAUGCCUAACCAGACCGGCUUAAUCUUACUUAAAUAAGACAAAAGUGCAUAUGUUGAGGGUGGCAUGGUGGCGCAGUGGGAUGGCCCAGGUCCUGCUCUCC